GCGCACAGCUCCGCGCUCCAACCCGAGGAAGAGCGCACGGAACCGGACACCAGAACCGAGCCACCGAGACCGAACCACCGACACCGAGCCUGCGCCGUGGACAUCUGCAAGUCAGCUCCCAGGCUUCGCUCCGGACUCUGCCCGCCCGCCCGCACGCCCCCCCUCUGAAGCCCGACGGACCGCGCCAGAUCGUCAGCAUGGAGACCCCGAGCUCGAAGCGCGUCCGCAGCGCCGUGUCGCCGGCGAGGAUCAGCCGCCUGCAGGAGAAGGAGGAGCUGUGUAACCUGAACGACCGUCUGGCCGUUUACAUCGACAAAGUUCGCUCGCUGGAGGCGGAGAACACCAGCCUGCGUCUGCGCAUCACCGAGUCCGAGUCCAGCGUCACCCGCGACCUGUCGGGCAUCAAGGCGGCGUACGAGAGCGAGCUGGCCGACGCCCGCCAAACCCUGGACCAGGUCGCCAAGGAGCGCGCCCGCCUGCAGCUGGAGCUGGGCAAACUGCGGCAGGAGCACCAGGAGCUGAAGGCCAGAUCAGCUCUCGCACACGUUAGUCGCCCUCAGACUCGUGUGAAACGUGUAAAACGGCGUCUGACAGACACGAGGUGUAAAAGUUACGAUCCUGCAGCUCUGUGUUUACUGUCUGCGGCUCCUCCGGCUCCUUUUGGCUCCUUUUGGCUCCUGGGGAUGGAAAUAAGUGCCGUGUGUUUGUGGUAA